AUGCACUGCGAACAAGUGGACGCAUUAUGCUGUCUCGAAAGUGAAUGGUGGCCAUCUGUAAACGACCGUCCUUCGUACUGUGUGAAGGAACCAGUUAUUAUGUGGACUGACAAGCGGCGUUAUGUUAAACCGGUAGUUGCCUUGGCGCCUCCCAUUGUGGUGCGCGUUGGCUCGAGUUGGGAUUUGUGGGUGGCGGCCCCACCAAAUAUGGGCGUUCCUCUUGUUGAUAGAAAAUUCGGUUGCAGUGUUAGUUUUGCAGUUGUUGUUAAAACCUGGUUCCACAUGCGGAUUUGUUUAGUAACCCGUGGAUCACGCAUGGUUGUUCUCAUUCAUCUGUGGGCAUGCGAUUAUUAA